UAUCAGUUAUGUUAUUUUUUGCCACCUCUAUGUUGUAUUAAUGUUGGUGACACUGCAAAUGACAUGUGUGCAAUGUUAAAACUAAAAUAAAUGGCGGUAUUUAGAAGAUAGUGGAGCUAUGACACUUGUUUGUGUAGGUGAUAACGAUUUUCACAUGUGUCAUCCCGAAAAUAGUCGUCUCUGGGAGAAAUCAUCAGUUACUGUUGCAUCAUGUCAGCUGCUAAAGACAUUUACAAUUUUAGUGCAAUACAAAAGAGAGGAAACACAGAGAGUAUCACACCUCAUAAAGUAGCCGUCGUGCUUCUGGUACGGGAGUUUUGUCUGCUGAAAGUAAAAGCCCGACCAGAGAGACUGAUGGAUGAAGGCAACUUUUACUCAGUGAAACCAUCCCACCGCAGAGACUUCUGCAUGUUAAUACUGAAACUGAUCCAGGGUCCUGAUCUGGAGCUGAAGGUUUUCAAAAAGCUUCUCACAGAGGGGAGAUACUCACUACUUCCUUCACUUUAUCGGAGCUUUGAAAAUGAAUUACUGGAAAUUUACAAGAAGGGAGUUGGCAGCAUAUUAGAUUUAAUAAGUAGUGUAGGUCGGUUGAUGCUAGAACCUUCCGUUAUGAUGCCAAUUGUGAACAAGAGCAGUGUAAUUGGGCUUUACUUGAGACGCAUCAUAUUGCACUUUGAGAAACUUUCAUUCUCCCAGGUUGUAUCAGUCUACCAGGUGUUCAAGGAGUAUUGUCAAGGAGCAUUUUCUGGCCGACUGACUGUAGAAAGUGUAGACAGCUCUGUCUCUUGUCAGACAACUUUUGAUACUCCUGUGACCCCUCUCGGUACAAAAGGACCUAGAGCAAAUUUUGAGGACAUAAGCCUCAAGGAUAUUGGGUCCAUGAACAGUGUUUACUGGUCACGCAGACAAGCUGAGCUCUUCAUUGCACAGCAGGCAUCGCUUAUGCAGAAUAAUGAGACAGCAGCACUUUCCCCAUCUCGCCUGCAGGAACAGAUUAGAAAGCUACUGCAGACUAAUCCGGACUAUGCAGAAGCGCAUUAUUUGAGUUACCUGAACUGUGCCCGAGUGAAUGAAUUUUGUGGAGCUGUUGAUAGUUUGUUUCAUUGCUUUGACAGAAAUACCAAUACAAAUGAUAGCAAAACAAAUAAUCAAGAUGAGAAAAACAGAGGAUUCAGAUUUGCUGCUCUGAAUUUAACCAUACUCUACGCACACUUUGGCUAUAGGAAAGAGGCACUGUCAGCACUAAAGGAAGCAAUUAUGUUAGCCCAGGAGGCUAAUGAUAAUAUUUGUCUACAACAUGCUCUUGCAUGGCUCUACAAUUUGAGUGAUGAAAAUAAGGAUAUUUUAAUAGCACGAUCUAUAGCAAAAAGUAGUGACUUGUCUUUGAGUUACCUAACAUCACUUGGCAUCCAAUCAUUUGCCCAAUAUGCAGCAGUCACUGCUGGGAAACCCUCUUUGGUUUUUGAACUACUCAUGAAAAGUGAUGUCCUGAACUAUCAACAUUCAAUCAUUGAUUUAAUAGCAAACAGCUAUGCACAGAAAGCUGGACUUUGGUGUCUUUAUGGUAAAACUGAAAUGACACUAAUUUCAAGCCAGCUUCUUUUACAUCUGAAUAUGUCUCAUCCAGCCCAAGGCGUUCAGUCUUACAGUGGUGAAGGCACAUGUUUGGCAGUCUGCAAUGUCAUAAAUUUUCUCACAGAACAGGGAGAGUAUAAUGUUGCAACAUUACUACUCGAUUUUGCCCGUGAAAAUUUUCCGCAUGAGCCAAUAUCUCAUGCAUGGAUAUUUUCAGAACAAAUUUUAACUUUCACACGAGCAAUGCACACAGGAAAAUGGCAGGAAGCUGAGCAGGCUGUUUCUCAAUUAGAAGCAGUAAAUAAAUGGGAAAGCAGACUAAGGAGGGCAGAACUCCUAGUUGCAAGAGGAGAUCUGCCAACAGCUAGCAGAUGGUUGUCACAUGUUUUAGAACAACCGCUACUAACAUCAGACUUUGAUGAGCCUCGUAGCUGCCCUGCACUCAAAGUUCGUGCAUUGAUUCUGGCUGCUGAGCUGCAGCCACCAGCAACAGCACUUUCUCUGUUGUCUCAAGCAGCUACAUCUGCACAAGUGCACUACCUGUCAUAUCACUCUGCAAUCAUUGCUUUGCAUCUCGCCAAUCUUCAGUUGCAGAUGGCUUUGCCUUCUUUGGCACUUAAAUUAAUUGAUGAAGCGCUACCAGUCGUUGUUGCUCACGGAGGUUCUUAUGACCAAGCCAGGGGUCUUCUGCUACAUGCCAAAUGUAAAAUAGCUUCAGCAGCCUCAAAGCCUCCUAGUGCACGGGAAGCUAUCCUUAACAAUGCAUUACAACAGCUACAUAAAGCACAAAAUGGAUUUUUCAAAAUAGAAGCAUACUCACGGAUGAAGGAUGUUGUAUAUCUGAAAGCCUUGCUGUAUAAUGAACUAGGUUAUGUUUCUGAAAGAAAAAAGUGUGCUCUCCAGUUCAGACAACUGGAUGAACAGUAUCCAACAAAAGUUGCUACAACAUUGCUAACAAGACUGUAGUAGUUGUUGUAAAAUGUGGAGUGAUAUAGAUGUACAGUGCCUACUUGAGAAAUAUAAUGAAAAAAAGCACACUAGCAGAAUCAGUUGUGGAAAGUGUAACAUAUUUUCUUCCCAUCUUUGCACUACUCUUCUUCCUUUUAUGCACUAUGUUGUUACAUAGAAAGGUUUUUAAUGUAAAUAUGUCUCUGUACAAGUGUGUAAAUGAGACACAUCAUUGAAUGUAUUGUUAUAUUGGUGCCUUAACUUUGCUAAACAAAUACGAAUGUCAUUAUAUCAAAACUAUGUAAGUAAGUAUUGGAAUUUAUGAUUUGUGGAGUAGAGAUCAUAAUGAUGAAACAGGGAUGCCUUGUAAAAUUUGUUUCUUACAUAAGUUCUGGAAAUCUCUUAAAUUCAUUCAGUCUCUCUCUCUCUCUGUAAGUUGAAGUGCAUAGAGAUCAAUUGUUCAUCAGUAAAACUAUGCAUACUACUGUGUAUCAUUGAUAAUGUACACCUAACACUGAAUGAAAAAGAAACCUGGGAUAGAACUGAGCAGUAUAGAAUAAAAUUUUGAGAGCGAAGAGUAAAGUGGGUAUUAGUUGUCAACAGCAAGUACGGUGAGUGAAUAGAAUAAGUUUGUUUCCAAACAACACAAAGUGCACAUCAUUGGCAUUUGCACUGUUGCACAGGUAUUUUCAGUGCAGUAUAGAUACAACAAUAUAAAUGAAGGAAAGAAAGCUCACAUAAUGCCAAAGCUCUGUAAUGAACCACCAGAGACCACAGGCCCCUUGUAGUAAAAUACUCAGAAAAUGCCUCUGAACCAAUUCCAAAAUUUUGGUAGUGGAGUUUAAAAUGGCAGUGUUUGUAUUCACCCUGCAUACAGCCAUUAUGCAUCUGAAGUAAAAACCUAAUUUAUGUGAAAGCGCUUCAGCAGAGUGUGCUGUAUCUCCAAUAGUGAAAGCACAAUGUGGUUUGUGUAGAUGUUCAGUCUAUCAAGAUGCCUUGCAGAACCAUUUCAAACCUAGCCCAUGCACUCAUUGCCACUUAAUGGCAAAAAAGGCUUGUCAGUAUGGGAAGUUGGUCACUGAAUCUGCAUACUUUACGGCAAUGAAAUUUGAACAUUAAUCCACAAUUGACAGAGACAAAAUACCAAAGAUCUGCUUAGUACUGAUCAACUGCAGACAACAGUAUCAUCUUGAUGAUCACGACCCGUAAACUGUGGCUUGUAAGUACCCCAAGCAGAAUGUAACAUUUUGUGUACUGCUCUUUUCCCAGACAAUUGAGAUGGCUGUUUUGACCCAGACAGUAUGCAACCGUUUCCACACAAUCAAUUUGACCUCCAGCUGUUCAUUAUUAUAAAAAAAAAAAAUAAAAA